AUGCAUCGCUCUGCUCACACUCUUGUCUGUCCUGUUUAUCUUUUGCAACCUCAUCUGCAUGACGACUCCAUCUCCACCCUUUUCACACCCACUCUUGCCCGCGCCGGUCCGCGUCGCCAAUGCUUUCCUUCUGCUCGCACACCACUCAAUACACUCCUGUCUCCGUUCUCCAAACGUGCCUGUACAGCAGCAUCGUACCCGAGCAUGGCUGCUCUGAAGAACAAGAUCCGCCGCAUCGGCAAGAGGAAGGGCGCAACCCUGAAGGAUGUCAGCGCGUGGCGCUGGAUCAAGACGGCGGCCCGCCACUUCAAGCAGGAGGGCAAGAUCUUUGUGCCGAACUGCACCGAGCUCAUCAAGAGCUCCCACGGCCGCGAGCGCGCUCCGCAGAACCCGGACUGGUACUAUGUCCGCUGUGCCGCCGUCCUUCGCGCCAUCUACCUGCGCCCUGGCGUGGGUUACGGUGGUCUAAGCAAGCGCUUCGGCAACAAGAAGAACUACGGCAGCCGCCCCGAGCACACCGUCAACUCCUCUACCGGUCCUCUCCACUGGGCCUGCAAGUCUCUGACGAAGCUUGGGCUUGUGGAGCCUGGUGCGCAGUCUGGUCAGCGUCUGACCCGCAAGGGUCACAAAUUCGCUGAUUCCCUGGCUUUUCAGGUCCAGAUCCGCAAGUUCGGCCAAUCCAAGGUGUGA